GUCACAUUGUCCAACAUGGCUGCGUCCAUGGCGAGGACCUGUCGUUAUGUAUCGCGGCAUGGACUCUGUAUUCUGCCAAGGCGAACGAGUCUUUGCCUUACACCUCGGUCAAAUAUUCACUGUUCUUCAGCUGCACACAGCGGACUGCUCUUUUCUCUAAAUACACGCGGUAUAUUGAAGGACUCUUUCCCAGAAGAUGCAGCGCAGGAACAGCUCCCUCGGUUGCUCCAGUCCGGUGCUCAGACUGUGUACUGCGGCUUUGACCCCACGGCCGACAGCCUGCACGUGGGCAACUUGCUCGCUCUCGUGGGCCUGCUGCACUUCCGAAACGCCGGGCACCACGUGCUCGCUGUGAUCGGAGGGGCCACGGCGCAGAUUGGAGACCCGAGCGGGAAAACGAGCGAGAGGGAGCGGAUGUCCGCUGACGUCGCGGAGGCGAACACCCGCAGCGUCCGCGAGUGCAUUCAGAGGAUUUUCACCAACCACGAGCUGCUCUUUCACGACAGCUCCAGGAAGCUGGGCACCGUGACUGUGCUCAACAACCUGAGCUGGUACAAGGACUGGAACGUGGUGGGGUUUCUGUCGGAGGCCGGGAGGCACUUCAGGAUGGGCACCAUGCUCAGCCGCCACAGCGUGCAGUCCAGGCUGAAGAGCGCAGACGGUAUGAGCCUGAAAGAGUUCACCUACCAGGUGUUUCAAGCUUAUGACUUCUACCACCUGCACCAAAUAUACGGCUGCAAGAUUCAGCUCGGGGGCACCGACCAGCUGGGCAAUUUGAUGUCUGGCCAUGAGUUCAUUCACAAAGUGAGCGGUGAGGAGGCGUACGGCCUGACCAUCCCUCUGGUGACCAGCACUGUCGGGGACAAGCUGGGGAAGACGGCGGGCAACGCAGUGUGGCUCAGUAGAGACAAGACGUCUCCCUUUGAACUCUACCAGUACUUUCUCAGGCAGCCUGAUGCCAGUGUGGAAAAGUACCUGAAACUGUUCACCUUCCUGCCUCUGGCAGAGGUGGAGAGGCUGAUGGUGCAGCAGAGAGAGGAUCCAGGUAAACGCCUCGCACACAAACGACUGGCUGCAGAAGUGACCAAACUGGUGCAUGGAAAGGAGGGUCUGGAGAGUGCAAAGAGAUGUACCAAUGCACUGUACCACAGCAGUGUACAGGCCUUGGAGGAAAUGAGUGAUGAGGAGCUUCAGGAGCUCUUCAAGGAGGCUCCGUUCCAUGAGCUGCUGUUGGAGCCAGGAACUACUGUGAUAGACACCUGCCGCAUGAUCAACGCCAUCCCAGAGGGAGCCAAAGGGUAUCGAAUGGUUUUGGAAGGAGCAGUGUGGAUCAACCACAAGAAGACAGAAAAACCAGAGCAAGUACUGAUCCCCCAACUGCAUAUCCUAUCAAACGGACUUACCUUGCUCAGAGUAGGAAGGAGGAACUUCUACAUCAUCAAGUGGCUCAGUCUCUGAGGAUAUCUGCUCUCACGUGGAAGCAGUUUUGACUUAUGACGGACUGAUUGGGAAGGUAGGUGACUAACACCUCUGCAGUGUCAGUGAGGAGACGUGGAUGGACUGAUAUUUUGGAACACACUGCGCUUUUGGCAUAGCCUGAACUCUUACUGUUAUUUCCUGUGGUUGUCAUAUAAAUAUGUACAUAUGUGAUGUUUAAUCUAAAGCUAUGGUAUUAAAAAGCAUUUGAUACAAAGA